ACCCGCUCCGACGCGAUGCGUGUUACCGCGUCUCCCUCUGCAAAGCGAGCACCACCGGAGAGACCCGCGCGCUGCCGCUGACCGACCGCCGGCGCGAGCACCCGACGCCGGGCAACAGGCACGGGAGACCCCGCCGCUGACUCACCCUCCGCCGGAGGAGAAUAGAGAGCAAAUUAACGGGGCGAAGAGUUGGCCCCAGAAAGAGAUCUGCAAGAGGACGAGCGCGGCGUCCCGGAGCCCGCCGCCCCAUUCGUCAUCCGCUCCUCUCCCGGCCGAGCUGUCGUCUCCCCACUUGUUCCUCCUCCAUCUCUCCUCUUUGCGCCUCUCCCCUCUCGUUCAGCAGCAGGCGAACCUUUUCCCCCUCCGCUCCUUUCACGCCCGCUCCUUCCUCGCUCGCCUCCCGCUGCUCGCCCUCAGCCCGUCAUGGCGUCCAAGCUGAACCCCAACGUGCUGUACGUGACGGAGCCCCAGGCCGACUCCGAGAGGACGGCUGGAGAGGCUGGAGAAGAAUCGUCAGACAGCGACGGGGAACAAGAAGAGACGUCGCACAAGCUGAUUCGCAAAGUUUCGACCUCAGGACAGAUGAGAGCCAAGAAAAGUGUCAAGGAGGGAAUCUUGUUAAAGCAGACCAGCUCCUUUCAGAGAUGGAAGAGGAGGUACUUCAAACUUAGAGGGAGGACCCUCUACUAUGCCAAAGACUGCAAGUCUCUAAUCUUUGAUGAAGUGGACCUGUCAGACGCCAGCGUUGCUGAGACCAGCACCAAGAACAUCAACAACAGCUUCACGGUGAUCACUCCAUUUCGCAAACUAAUGCUAUGCGCUGAGAGCAGAAAGGAAAUGGAGGACUGGAUCGGCGCUCUCAAAUCCGUCCAAAAAUGGGAAACCUAUGAAGCCAGCCAGUUCAACAUGGAGCAUUUCUCUGGGAUGCACAACUGGUACGCGUGCUCGCACGCCAGGCCCACCUUCUGCAACGUCUGCAGGGAGGCUCUGCCAGGCGUCACCUCCCACGGCCUGUCCUGUGAAGUUUGUAAGUUCAAGGCUCAUAAGCGCUGCGCCGUUCGCUCAACCAACAACUGCAAGUGGACCACGCUGGCCUCCAUAGGAAACGACAUCAUUGAGGAUGAGGAUGGGGUGUCCAUGCCUCACCAGUGGCUGGAAGGCAACCUGCCAGUCAGUGCCAAAUGUGUUGUGUGUGAUAAGACCUGCGGCAGCGUGCGGCGGCUGCAGGACUGGCGCUGCCUCUGGUGCAAGGCCAUCGUCCACAGCAGCUGUAAAGAACAAAUGGGGAAGGUGUGUCCCUUGGGUCAAUGUAGAGUUUCAAUCAUUCCUCCCACUGCACUUAACAGCAUCGACUCAGACGGCUUCUGGAAGGCCACCUCCGCGUCGUGCUCCAGCCCUCUCCUGGUGCUUGUUAACUCCAAGAGCGGGGACAACCAAGGGGUCAAGUUCCUGCGCAAGUUCAAGCAGCUCCUCAAUCCGGCUCAAGUGUUUGACCUGAUGAACGGCGGCCCGGAGCUCGGCCUGCGCCUUUUCCAGAAGUUUGUGACGUUUCGCAUCCUGGUGUGCGGAGGAGACGGCAGCGUGGGCUGGGUGCUCUCUGAGCUGGAUAAACUCAACCUGCACAAACAGUGCCAGCUGGGCGUGCUGCCUCUGGGCACGGGCAACGACCUGGCGCGCGUCCUGGGCUGGGGAGGCCUCUGCGACGACGAUGCUCAGCUGCUGCAGAUCCUGGAGAAGCUGGAGAGAGCCACCACCAAGAUGCUGGACAGGUGGAGCGUGAUGACGUACGAGGUGCCCACCACCAACAAGCACACGCCGACGGUGAAGGAGGACGACAGCCCCGACUCUCCUCUGCAGGUCCACAUCACCCAGUACGCGGACUCCGUGGCCUCACACCUGGCCAAGAUCCUGGACUCGGACAAACACAGUGACGUCAUUUCCUCUGCCAAGUUUCUGUGUGGGACGGUGAACGACUUCGUGGCGGAGGUGGGGAAGGCGUACGAGAGAGCCACGGAGAACAAGGAGGAGGCAGACGCCAUGGCAAAGAAGUGCGCAUUGUUGAAUGAGAAGCUUGAUUCCCUGGUCAAGGCCUUAAGCGAGGAGGCAGACGCUCAGGUGGUGCCGGCAGGUUCUGUGCCCGGGCAGGAAAGCGGUGGCUCAAGCCCCGGUGAGAUCAGCGAGUCAGGCUCCGAAAGCAAAACAUAUCGGUCCAAAGAGCAGCUGAUGCUCCGGGCCAACAGCCUGAAGAAAGCCCUACGGCAGAUCAUCGAACAGGCCGAAAAAGUGGUGGAUGAGCAGAACCGACACACGCAGGUCCAGAGGACGUCGUCGUCCUCCUCCAUCAAAAGGGAAAACGGCGAGGAGCUCAAGGACGGUCAAGGAGGUUUAAGUCCAACCUCUCCAAUUGUGUUGGAGAAACCAGAGAGCCUGCACACACUCAGCUUCAGUGAGGACUUUGUGCAAUGCUCAGAGAAGUGUGUGAUGAACAACUACUUCGGCAUCGGCCUCGACGCCAAAAUCUCCCUGGAGUUCAACAACAAGCGAGACGAGCACCCCAAGAAGUGCAGCAGUCGCACCAAAAACAUGAUGUGGUACGGAGUCCUGGGCACCAAGGAGCUGGUCCAGAAGACGUACAAGAACCUGGAGCAGAGGGUCCAGCUGGAGUGCGACGGCGUUCCCAUGUCUCUGCCGAGUCUGCAGGGUUUGGCUGUGCUCAACAUCCCCAGCUACGCAGGCGGCAUCAACUUCUGGGGCGGCACCAAGGAGGAUAACAACUUCGGGGCGCCGUCCUUCGAUGACAAGAAGCUGGAGGUGGUGGCCGUGUUCGGCAGCAUGCAGAUGGCCAUGUCCAGAGUCAUCAACCUGCAGCACCACCGCAUCGCCCAGUGCCGACAGGUGAAGAUCACCAUCCUGGGGGAGGAGGGCGUUCCCGUGCAGGUGGACGGAGAGGCCUGGAUCCAGCCGCCCGGCAUCGUCAAGAUCGUCCACAAGAACCGGGCCCAGAUGCUCACCAGAGACCGGGCGUUCGAGAGCACGCUGAAAUCAUGGGAGGACAAGAGGAAGAUUGACAGCUACCGCGCCACCAGGCCCCGCCUUAACUCCCAGCAGUCCAUGGAGUACCUGACUGAGGAGGAGUGCGCUCAGGUUCAGCAGCUGGGCAUCGUCGCAGACACGCUCAUCAACAAGAUUCGUGAGGCAGCGAAGACCCACAAACAGGUGGAGCAGGAGUUGGCCCACGCCGUCAACGCCACCGCGCUGGUCCUCACGGAGGCCAAACUGUCCAGUCCCGAGUGUCUGAGUCGCAGCACGGCCGUCGAAAUCGUCAACAGCUGUAAAGUUCUUCAGGGCGAGACCAGGACCCUGCUGGAUGGAAAGCUACUGUCGGAGUCUCCAGCCGAAAAGGAGCUUCGUUCCACCCUGAACAGCCUCAGCGCCGAACUCCACAAGCUGGACGACAUCCACUGGAUCAGCCCUCUCAUGCAGUGCUCCGAGGAGGACUCCGUGAGGCCCAGCGGUAAAGGCAGCAGCAGCAUGAAGCUGAAGAUCAUAACCAAGGGCAAGAAGGAGAAGGAGAAGCUCCACAAGCAGAAGUCCAACAGUUCCCUCUCAGGAACGUGGGACGUCAAAGGUGGAGCAAGUGAGGCAGAUUCAUCGGGCAACUGAAGUCUGGCAUUCGUUUUCCACCUUGCCCCCAAAACCCUGACAACUGCCCCUCAGAGCCCAGUGGCGUCAAGGCUGGAGAGGUGAGGGAGAGAACCCCAAAUCCAUUCUUCCCCAAAUCCCAGUUGCUCCGUUUCACGCGACAGGGAGGAUUUGUUUCCCCUCCUCCGAGUUCCUCUGAAGGGGCUCGGCUUUGCACCGCACCGCUCCACCACCGGGGGGCGCUGCUUUUGGCUCCACCUGCCUGAGCCGGGAGGUGGUGGGAGACGCGCGCGGGACGGGGGUGCCGCCGCACCCCACAUUUCUGGACAAAAGUAACGUGUUGACGUGGUGCUUUCAACGCAUGUGGUGUGCAGCCAUCUUAUUUAGUGUCUUAAUCAUAACUUGGUACAAGCUUUUUAUUUUAUUUUUUUUUUCAUUUUUCAAAUUUUUUGCAUUUUUGUUUCCUAAAUUAUAAAUAACCUUAAGACUUUCUGAGACUUUGGAAGAUUAUUUAAUUCUUUUUGCUACUGCCAUGAGAACUGCUACGGCAAUAAAUCAACAGAAUGAACAAACUGAAAUAGUUCAACUUUAUCGUCUGCUGAAACUGGUGAAUAUCUUAAAUGUUGCAAAAAAUAUACUGAGGAAUGUAUUUGUGUGGACUUGUAUUCAGUUAUGAAUAAUAACAAUAAUAAUAAUAAUAAUGUCAGAUCAUAUAUGAUUUUACAGAGGUUCUACUGUUGUGGUUCUAAAGUGGUCCUUCUAAUAGGCUGGUGUGACUUGUGAGCUCUGAGGCUAUGCAUCCACUCUGCAAAAAUAAUGUUCAUUAUGAUGAGUCAUUUCGUUUGGAUGGAAGUGUGGUGCAUCACUCGGUUCUUAUCUAACUACAAUUAACUUAUCGUGGGAGUCAAACAGAAAAAAAACGACACUUCCCACUUUGCUUUUUUUUCCACUUAUUUCUAAGAAGUUUCCGAUGUACAGCAGCAGACGAUGUGACUCAACGGGCCUGAUAUUUUUGGCAGUGUGUGGUUGAGGGUGUUUACACAAGGAGGAAGCAUCAAGGACAAUGGACACAAACAUUACAGCUACUCAGUGUAUUGCUCCACUCUGCCAUACUAAUGAUUGUACCCGUAUCCUUAAGAUAAGAAUCAGUGGAUAUUUGAUUUUGCCUUGUCUGUGGUUCAAAGCUAUUAUCAUUAUUAUUCUUAGAAAUUUCUAUAUAUUUUUUCUAUAUGGUAUUUUCCCGAAGCUGACGUGUGAAGCUUUGCUGCUUCCCUCCGACAAACUCCUGAGCCACUGAAGCCACCUCCUGUGUUCCUGCAUGUCUCCUUAGGCCUCGUUGGCCUCACGCCGCGGCUCAUGCUUCUUUCCACCUGACCCGGUGCAGGACACGUACACGUACAUGGUUACUCCUAUUUAAUCAUGCGUGUGGAAGACGAACCCUGAACAAAGUAGUUCCUGAUGUUUACAAGUUGAACCUUCAUGCCAGGUUCAGCAGUGAGGCCUGUGAGGCUUAAUGAGUUCUGCCCAUCAGCGCUCUGGUAGUGUUGUGGUUAGCAGCUCCGCAGUGAGGACGGGGGCCGUGCUGUACGUGAGCAUUGGGCAGCUAAAGCACGCUUGUGUCCUGUGUGGUUUAAUUGCUGGACGUUUCCUGUGACCGACCUCCGCUACAGCAGCUGUUGACUCCUGCUUCCAUUAACUAGAGUAAAUGUACUAAAUGUCAAAAGCCCUUUUCCUGAAACGGUCCCUAAGACUGCAAAAACAAUUACAUUUUUAUUAGUUAAAUGUUAGAAGUGCAAAGAUUUGGCCUAAAUGUUGUUGUGAUGCUGAGGCAUCUGCGCCUUGCAGUCAUAAUCCUGGGAUCACUUUUAGACCACGUACUAUGACAGUUUAUGCACCACAUGCUGUACUCCAUGUAUGACACCAUAAUCCAUCACAGACAAGGCAUCCGUCGUGUGAGAGUUGGGACGGGUUUGAAACGCGUGCUGCUGUGAGCUCAGGGUUCAGGCGUAUGUAGACGUGUUCAUGUACAUGUCAACAUGACUGACGUGUUGAAUGUGAUGGAGGAAGUACAACAUAUUAAUGGCAUCAUAGCAGUUCCUUGUCAGACCUAUGCCUUAGUAUAGUAUGUGGUUGAAAAGGGUCAUAGUAUGCGAUGAAAACACUGUCAUAGUAAUAGUAUGUCGUCAGAAAUGUGCCUUAGUGAAGUAUUUCGUAGUAUUUGAUCAUAGUACAAACCACUGUCCAGUAAAUAGACAGUGUCGCUGUUGCCAUCUGGUUUCAAAGUCUUCUCAGACCAACGCAUCCACAGUCGCCAGCGCCGACUCCUCACCGCGUUCAGCUGGUUCGGACACGCGAAGGUGUGCGGCUGCUGUUUAAUGCUUACAGUGGCCAACGUCGUUGUACUGUAAGUCGUACAUUUCAAAGUUUACUGUAACUCGCCUUGCACUUUACAAAGACGCAAACUUAAUGGAGGAAAAGAAGUUCUGUCUGUGUUUGACUAUAUAUUUUUUUUAUUUCGAGGAAAAUGUUUUAUUUAUGACAAAUGCGUAUGGACAAAAGUGUGUUGAUAAGAUUUACACAUCUAUCCAAAUGUAUAAGAGUAUAUAUAUAUAUAUAUAACACAAAUUUUUGACAUGGGUGGUUGUGCAGUUACUCCCACAGCAGCUUGAACCAUUACGUGUGUGUGUGAGUGUGUGACAUUACGCCAAACCUGUUCAAGUUUCCAGUGUUUGACAGACGACAAAUGAGUCGUCGCCACAAAGCAGAGAUGUUCAUUCCCGACCUGUGAUCUGUGCAUCGCUUUAGAACAGACUGAGGGAAGGACAACGCGGGCAGUAACCGUCUUCUAGCCACUGAUUUUUAUUGACUCUUUGCUUUUCCAACCUCGCUGUCAUUCGGACUGAAACGCUGAAGAAGCUGAAAUUCAAGUCCCGCGUCGACCUCCAGACGCCGCGAACCCGAGCGGCUCGUGCGUCGUGGGAGUCAGACUUGAUGUUGCACGACCGUGUACGUUGCGAGGUGUUUUAUCGUGUUGUUGUGUGAAGUGUAAAACAAAGACGACGUCAUGGCAAAACCUUUGGAGAUUAAAUGAUUUACUGAA